AUGCCUGUAAUGAAGGGCCUCCUUGCUCCACAAAACACCUUCUUGGACACCAUUGCAAACCAUUUUGAUGGAACUCACAGUAACUUCCUUCUGGGGAAUACUCAGAGGAACUGCGGAUACCCCAUCGUCUACUGCUCUGAUGGCUUUUGCGAGUUAACCGGCUUUGUUCGGACAGAGGUGAUGCAGAAAACCUGCACGUGCAGUUUCCUUCGUGGGGCUGAGACCAGUGAAAAUGUGAUUCAGCAGGUAGACAAAGCUCUGGAAGGCCAGCAGGAGUACCAGGGAGAAGUUUGCUUUUAUAUGAAAAACGGAAAUCCAUUUUGGUGCCUCCUGGAUAUUGUACCAAUUAAAAAUGAGAAAAGUGAGGUCGUGCUGUUCCUGUUAUCCUUCAAAGAGGUCACUGAAUCACAUGGGAAAAAACAUCAUUACCCUCAAAGAGAUGGGGCUGCUCACCAGUACAGAAAUAGCAGUCAAUCACACUUUUCCCAAGCCAGAGGGGGGGGGAGAACUAUUCUACACCACUUGAACAGACUGUUCACCAAAAGGAACAAGAAAAAAUUGCCUAAUAGUGUGUUCCAGAAACCUUCUCUGCCCGAGUACAAGGUGGCAGCUGUGAAGAGGUCCCGCUUUAUCCUGCUGCACUACAGCGUGUUCAAGGCUUUGUGGGACUGGUUAAUCCUCCUGGCAACCUUCUACGUAGCAGUCACAGUGCCUUACAACGUCUGCUUUGUCAGCCACGAUGAGGGCGAUGACCGUCGUCCACUUGUCAGUCGUAGCACCAUAGGCAGUGACAUAGCUGUGGAGAUGCUCUUCAUUCUUGAUAUUCUCCUGAAUUUCCGUACCACCUAUGUGAGUCAGUCCGGUCAGGUCGUAUAUGAUACCCGAUCCAUCUGCAUCCAUUAUUGCACUACCUGGUUCUUUGUGGAUCUGAUUGCAGCACUUCCCUUUGACCUUCUCUAUGCUUUCAACAUUACAGUGACCUCACUGGUGCACCUGCUGAAGACGGUUCGUCUGCUGCGUUUGCUGCGGCUGUUACAGAAACUGGAUCGAUAUUCUCAGUACAGCGCCGUGGUCCUGACCCUGCUCAUGUCUGUGUUUGCGUUGCUUGCUCAUUGGAUGGCUUGUGUCUGGUAUGUCAUUGGACGCAAGGAGAUAGAAAGUGGCGACCCUGUUACCUGGGACAUAGGCUGGCUUCAGGAGUUGGGAAAACGUCUGGAGACGCCGUACAUCAACAGAACCGUGGGUGGACCAUCCUUGCCUAGCGCCUACAUUGCUUCUCUCUAUUUCGCCCUCAGUAGCCUUACAAGUGUUGGUUUUGGCAAUGUGUGUGCUAAUACAGAUGCAGAGAAAAUCUUCUCCAUCUGCAUUAUGCUGAUGGGAGCCCUGAUGCACGCAGUAGUUUUUGGCAACGUGACAGCCAUCAUCCAGCGCAUGUACUCACGGCGCUCCCUCUACCACACCCGCAUGAAGGAUCUCAAGGAUUUCAUCCGUGUGCAUCGGCUGCCUCAACAGCUGAAGCAAAGGAUGCUGGAGUACUUUCAGGCCACCUGGUCUGUUAACAAUGGAAUCAACACCAAUGAGCUGUUACAUGACUUCCCCGAUGAACUGCGAGCUGACAUUACCAUGCAUCUGAACAAAGACAUCCUCCAGCUGCCUGUCUUUGAGCGAGCCAGCAGAGGGUGUCUGCGCUCCCUCUCCUUGCACAUCAAAACUUCCUUCUGUGCACCAGGGGAAUAUCUUAUCCGCCAGGGAGAUGCCCUGCAAGCUAAUUAUUUUGUCUGUUCUGGUUCUCUGGAGGUUCUCAAAGAUGGCAUGGUCCUAGCCAUCCUGGGCAAAGGAGACCUUAUAGGAGCUGACCUCCCAGAGCAUGACCAGGUGAUCAAGACCAAUGCAGAUGUGAAGGCGCUGACGUACUGUGACUUGCAGUACAUCAGUGUUAGGGCUUUGAGGGAGGUCCUUGGGCUUUAUCCAGAGUACAGCAGCCGCUUCAGCUUGGACAUCCACCACAAUCUAACCUACAACUUGAGAGAGGGCAGUGAAGCUGAUGGAGUAACAAGGUUUCAACUGACUCCCAGGCAGUCUCAGUGUCGUGUUUCUGUGGAUCAUAAACUACCCUAUAUCAUUCCGGGAGCUGAUGCAAAACAUGCAGAGCACAUGAAAUACUCUCAGCACCGGAUACUGCCUCUGCUACAGGGUAUGGACAGCCCUGUCCACCGGCCCUGCCUCAGCACAUUGUUAGGGGAGGAGCUCCGGCACAUCAGCGCACUGCACCUCUGCCGAUCACCUGCUCAGGGAAGCGGGGGUUGCAGCCCUUCCCCACAACCUUUUUUCAACGAGGAGCUCUCUCCAUCACCUUUGCCCAGUCUUAGCAGUGACCCAGAUUUGGACCAUCAGCCUGCCAAACUACUCAUGCCGUGCGGGUCUUGUGUUAGUCCUCUAAACCUCAGUCCCAGGAUCGUGGAUGGAAUUGAGGACAAUGAUUGCACAUUUCAGUUUAAUGUGGAACAGAAUGAGGCAAAGACUAACAUUACAGAUCAGUUGCAGGUCUGUAACCUGCUUCUUGAGACAGAAGAAGUGAGACAGAACAUCAGCAAACUGAACAAAGAGGUAAACAACUUGAACCAAGAUGUUUCUAGCCUUGCCAAAGAACUCCAUGAAAUAAUGGAUUUUCUGCAAUCUCAUAUGGCCAUGCUCCACAAUACCUCUCCAGCUUCCACGUGUUCAUAUGGCAUACAAAUGCUCCACAACCCAAGUGUGACAAGUUCCAGCCACUGGCAACCUGAUGUCCCUUUAAAUAUAUCCACUGGGCUACCACUAUAUCAUGAAAUGAUUAGCCAUCCUGCUAGAAAUGCAUGGCACUCCAGUGGUAUACCCGCCCAGGGCACAAGUCCCACCUUGCUGUACUCGUCAAGCCCGAUGUCAUCUUGCUCACACCUGUGCUGCUCUGACAGAGACAGAGACACAUCUCAAAGGCUUCAGAGCUCAUGUAGCCCCUUUCAAACACCCAGAACAACUCCAAACUCCACUUACACGACCUACUCUCUUGCCCAAGGAGGUCCAUCCCUCCUGGGCAUAAGUUCUGCCUUCAGUGGCUACCCAUUGAGUUGUCAGACCCUGCACAUGGUCAAUAAUGCACAAAUCCCCACAAUAAGCAGCACCCACCCCUUAUGUUCAACAGUAAACUGUGGUUACUCCCAGCCAUCCCUAAGUGCUCAAACCAACUCUGAUCCUUUACACAAUCAGACCAAAUCCCAAACGCCUAUCCAUUUAUCCACAACUCCUUCAGCCCAACCACAGUAUCACACCGCCUUCAGCUCUUUGACACCAGCAAGAGUCCACACUACGAUAUACACAGGGCACGAGGAACAGCGAGAUUCAGUAGGGUCCAGUCCUGUCAACCACGCACAGGACUUUGCAUGUUCUCUGAUGGAGGAGGCAAACAUGGACUGUAAUGCUUCUCGGUAUCAGGAGAGGAUAGAGAGUGUGGAGUCUCACAGUACAGGUGACGGCAUUCUCAAUAUGAAAGAAAUGCCGCACUGA